GUCCCAUGGUUUGAGACACCUAUUGUGUUCGACAUUCGUGCGAAGCCUCGCAAUAUUGCCAGUCUUACUGGCACAAAAGAUCUUCAAAUGGUCAACAUCACUUGUCGUGUGCUCUCCCGGCCGGACAUACCAUCAUUACCUACCAUCUACCGUGAACUCGGGACCGACUACGACGAGCGUGUCUUGCCCUCAAUCGUAAACGAGGUCCUAAAGAGUGUGGUUGCGCAGUUCAACGCCAGCCAGCUCAUUACACAGCGUGAAAUGGUGUCAAGAUUAGUUCGCGAGAACCUGACUCGAAGGGCGCUGAGAUUCAACCUCGUUCUCGACGAUGUAUCCAUUACACAUGUCGCUUUCUCUCCGGAGUUCACACACGCAGUCGAAGCGAAGCAGGUUGCUCAACAAACUGCUCUGCGGGCCGCUUUCCUCGUGGACCAAGCGAUACAGGAGAAACAGUCUAUCAUCGUCCGUGCGCAGGGUGAAGCGAAGAGUGCAGAGCUUAUUGGUGACGCGGUACGCUCGAACAAGGGCUUCCUGCAGCUUCGGAGACUCGAGGCGGCUCGCGACAUUGCCAAUUUACUGGCAGUGUCUGGCAACCGCGUCAUGCUUGACUCACAAAGUCUUCUCUUGAACGUGGCGGACGACGCAAGUGAAUUGCUUCAGUUCAAGAAGAAGUAG